UUUAUUCUACACAAUGUCCUCUCCACUCUAAAUAUAUAUGGUAAAGACACUGACAUCUCCGACAUCCUGAGUCCCUCUAACAAAGUGUGGAAGAAGGCACGUACACCUGUGGCUCAGCCAGAACCUUCCCAGGAGACAACAGCACCCCUAGUGGAGGAGGAGGAGAGUUCAGGAGAGGAGCUGGAGACGGUGGAGGUGACUCUGGGAACUCUGGACCUCCGGGAGCAUGAGAUCUACCCUGCCAGGAGGAAGAAGAGGAGACGCAGGACAGAGGACAGAGGUCUAAGUAACAGGAAGCUGUGGGGUCUCCUGCUGCUGUUGAAGACAGUAACCAGGAGAGAGGAGGAGAGAAACCAGGGAGGAGGAAACCCAAGGGAAGACGACGAUACAACAUGA